AUGCGAGAUUACUUAGAUACUGGACAUAUGUCAGAAGUAGAACACGAGCAAAAAAGUGAACGUAAUUCUUACUAUAUUCCACACCAAGCAGUCGAACGACCUGGGAGCACUACCACAAAAAUGCGCAUCGUUUUUGAUGCCUCAAUGAAGACAACCUCUGGGAUGUCAUUGAAUGAUCAUCAUCAUUGUGGACAAAAACUUCAACAGGACUUGCCAGGUAUAGUUUUACGAUUCCGUCUUCACCCUAUCGUAUUCACUACAGACAUCAUACAAAUGUUUCGGCAAAUAAACGUCACCGAAACCCAUCGACCGUAUCUACGAUUGCGAUACCGAUUCUCAUCCAAUGAAGAUAUCCAGGUAUAUGAAAUGAAUACAGUAACGUUUGGGUUGAGAUCAUCACCUUUUCUCGCUAUACGAACUAUUCAUCAGUUAGUCCAAGACGAAGCUACAAAUUAUCCAAAAAAAAAGACUAUUGUAAAACGGGACAUGUAUGUAGAUGAUAUAGCCACUGGUGCUGAAGAAGAAGAGGAGGCCAUAAAGAUGCAUCAAAGUCUAGUCAGCAUAUAUGCGAAAGGACACUUUGAGUUGCGAAAAUGGUCCAGUAAUUCAAAGGAGCUACAAGAAAAUAUUCCAGAAGAUCAUCGUCAAACACAUCCAGUCACGUUUAAGGAAUACGAUUCAGACUACACCAAGGUGCUUGGACUCAACUGGCAACCGCGUGAGGAUUCAUUCAGUUAUAGUUAUCAACCUAACCCUGUGCGAUUUAGCAAACGCGCUAUAUUGUCUGAAAUUGCAAGAAUUUACGACCCCCUUGGGCUACUAGCACCAGUAACCACAGCUUUAAAACGACUUAUGAAAUACCUGUGGCUAGCAGAAGUUGGAUGGGACCAGGAAAUACCAGAAGAAGCAAUUGUUGCGUGGAGAAAAUACCAUGAACAACUAUCAGUCCUCGCAACCCUGCGAAUCCCACGUCAAGUUACCCAACCAAACUCCGUGUACGAGUUACAUGGAUUCAGCGAUAGUUCCGAAGCUGCCUAUGCAGCAGUAGUAUACUGUCCACAUAUCUAA